UUGACAUAAAUAUAUUAGCCCCGAAUCUGAAAUGGAGUUUUUUUAUUUAGAAAACUGAAAUAAAGUUACUUGUAUGCAAAUAGCGUUAUUUCUGUAUGUAGAACCAAUAUACGCUACUAAAUUUCUAUAUCAUUAACAUAUGUGGUUCACAGAAUUAUUAUGUAAAUUCUCAAUUUACUAAAACAAAAAUAAGUUACAAUCAUGUCUGAGUUCGAAAUUAAUGAGGCGUUGGCCUCGUUAGAGAUGCUAAUGUCGGAGUUCUUCGCACCGACUACUAAUAAUUUUAGGAAAAGAGAAAUAGAAAAUAUGCUAGAGAAUUUUUCAAAUAAUCGCGACUCAUGGAAGCACUGUUUGUUAUUUCUACAAAAAUCACAGAAUCAGUAUGUGUUAAUGUUUAUUCUCACUACACUUGAGAAAAUUAUAAACAGACAGUGGAUUAGUAUAUCAGAUAAUGAGAAAACAGAAAUAAGAUUAAAUCUGAUGAAUGAACUGAUGACAAAACAUGAAACAAUGCCAUAUUUUAUUAGAAACAAAUUGGCAGCACUUCUAGUCUCUAUAGCUCGCUACGACUGGCCACAUUUGUAUCCUGAUUUUUUUACUAAUAUUGUUGAGUUGCUAAAAUGUGAGGGCCACCAGUGUAUAGUUGGCUUGGUUUUGGCACAAGCAGCCAGUGAAGAGCUGGGAGCAGCCCGAGAUACUGGAGUGUUACUACUCUCCACCAGAAAAAGUCAACUUGAAAGGCUUAUGCUGAAAGGCAUGCCUCAAAUGCUAUCGGCACUUAGUGCCAUAUUAGAGAGGAAUGCUCAAAAGGAAGGUCAGUCCAAUCCUCCUCCAUCUCCUACCAGUGGAAUGCCACAAACAUCAGCCUUGCCCGAUUUACUCGCCAAUGCACAUGAUGUUCACUCGGCAGAUAAAGCACUAAAUAUGGAAAUUGUAGUGAAGUGCCUCACCACACUGCAGCACUUGUUUCUGUGGUUGCCGCUCUCGUCGCACGUACCGCCAUCGCUCGUCACUACCGUAUUCUACUGGGGCAGUGUCGCUACACAAUCACAGAGCGUGGAGGCGGCGCUGGCGGGGCUGGGCGGCGUGUGCGAGCUGCUGUACCGACGGUACGCGCCGCCGUCGUCGGCCGCCACGGCGCUGCGCCUGCACCACUGCGCACUGCGCCUGCUGCGCCACCUCACGCAGCACACGCACCACAUGCAUCGCGCGCACGUAGAUUACUUAAACAAAUUGGCAGAGUUUCUCAAAUUGUUUGUAUCUCUGCAUUUCAAGAGGUUAGAAGCUGAGCCAGAGUUUGAUGCUAUAGACUUCUUGACAUACUUAUUCCAGUAUACAUUCCAGGUGCCUACUUGUACUACAUUUGUAAGUUGCUUAGAUGUAUGGAUACAAUUUAUCGACGUGUUAAAGCCUGAAGAUACUCCUAAAUAUUGGGAAGCUCUGCAAGCUCUAGUGAAUGGUAUUUUAAACAAAAUACAGUUCCAACACAACAAGGCGCAAUUACAACAUCUUGACAAUGACUCCUGUGAUGAUGACGGAGAAACCGAGUGGCAAAAGUUCCUAAAGCACUGUAUAGAAUGUAUCGCGAGAGUGGCGGACUUGGCGCCGCUAGACGUUUUCACUGCUGUGAUGGAGCGCUGGCAGUGCCUGGCGGGCGUGCACGCGCGCGCGGCGGGGCGCGGAGCGGGCGCGGGCGCGGACGCGGAGGCGGAACGCCUGCUGGCCGCGCUCCUCGACCUGGCCACGCUGACGCGCGUGCUGGGCCGCCUGGCGCCCUCCCUGCUCGCUGAGCCUGAAAGCAGUGCAUCAAGCGGGUCGACGGCAGUGGGCGCUGCUCGCGGCUGCGCGGCCGGCGCGGCGCUGGUGGAGCGCUGCGCGAGCGCGCUGGCGGGCGCGGCGCUCACCCGCCCGCACCGCACGCAUCCGGUGCCCGCGCUGGCCCGAGCGCACGUCAUGCUGCACGCGGAGAUGUUCGCGUGCAUGGGCGCGUGGUGCUGCUACGCGGCCGAGUGCGGCGUGCCGCUGCACACCAUGGACGGGCUGCUCGGCGCCGCGCUGCCCUUCCUCGUGCCGCACGACGUGCCGGAGCCACCUCUCCUGUGCCACGCGGCCGCGCACCUUCUGCUCAGCUUGUCCAAGAACGUCAAGUUCACAACCGAUCUCAUGGCGAUGUUGGGAGACUUGUUCAAUCACGCCCAACGCUCGCUGCACUAUCUGGAACCGAAGACGGCGGGCGUGGUGCGCGAGGCGCUGGUGGCGCUGGCGCUGGCGCGCGGCGCGGGCGGGCACGAGGCGGCGCGCGCGCUGCUGGCCGCCUGGUCGGCCGCGCUGCCCGCCGCCGGCCCGGCCGCCGCGCUGCCGCCGCUCACCGCGCUGCUGCACGCCUUCGCUGAUGCACCCACUGCCGCCAAAAAGAUAAUAGCCGAGGGCGUGUGCGCCGCGGCGGAGAGCGCGCUGCGGCUGCUGUGCGCGCCGGCGUGCGCGGCCGACGCGGAGAUCACCGACUUCUUCCUGGCGCUGUUCACGGCGCUGCUGCCGCAGCUCGGCGCCUUCGCCUACACCGCCAUCGACGUCUUCCUCGACGUCGCGCAGCGAGGUGACGGCGACGGCGCGGGCAGCCUGGAGCGGCUGGUGGAGUGCGUGCGGCUGGGCGUGGAGGCGGGCGGCGGCGGAGUGCGCGUGCACGCCGUGCUGCAGCUGCUGCAGGCGCACGUGCUGCCGCGCGCGCACGCCGCCGCGCCCGCACUCGCGCGCGCCGCGCACCGCCUGCUCGCGAGUGUGCUGGUGCACCGCUGGCGCUACUUCUUCCCGCACAAGUGCGAGGGCGAGGAGGCGGCGCGGCGCACGGCGGAGCUGCGCGGCGCGCUGACGGCGCUCGGGCGCGCGCUGCUGCAGCCCGACAUCGAGCUGCUGCGCAUCAACCUGAGCACCCUCGACACGCUCAACACUAAGUGGAAACUGUAUCAUAAGGCGAUCUUCCGGCAGGAGUUCAUGUGCUCGGUGCUGUCGGUGCUGCUGUCGGGGCUGUCGGAGGGCGGCGCGCGCGCGCUGCUGCGCGACGAGGCGCUGGCGGCCGUGCACGCCAUGGCGGCCGUGGACUUCGCGGCCUUCCGGCGCGCCUUCCUGCCGCACUUCGUGCAGUCGCUGCCCGGCCUGCAGCCGCAGCACGCGCGCCUGCUCGAGGACUUCCCUCCCGACACGGAUCUACCAACGUUCACACAGAACAUCCAGCGGCUGAUGAACGACGUGAACUGUUACCGCACGUAUCAGUCGCUCGCCUGCAACACCAUGGGCUCCUAGUACUUACAGUGAGUUGCCCACGCGUGGGACGACGGUGCUGUGAUUUCAUGUCACCACCUGGGCUAUUCGCUAACUCAGUGCCUUUCUUGAGGCUGAUGUUCACGGAGCCUAUUUGAUACACAUACAUUUUACAUUACAAAAAGUCAUAUUUCGUAGCAUAUCUUCUGUAGAAAACUGUUUUUAUAAAACAAAUUGGGUGAAUUCCUGAAACUACCGAGUCAGCGAAUAGCCCAGAAAUAUAAGAUAAUAUAAUAUGUAUAAUCAUACUGAUCAACCGUUUAUUGACGGUUGAUGAUAAUUGUUGAUGAAAUGUUUUAAAUAAUAAAUAAAUAAACAGCUCAAUUACCCAUUAAAGCUUUUAACAACAUUUCUGGAGUAUUUAGUAUCCCUAUUUCACAAAAGUGAGUGAGGUCUUGAAGAGCAGAGAUGAUGUUGUCAAUGUAAACUAUUUUUUAGGUUUCCACACAAUCAAUUUUCUGUUUUCCACACAAUAUUUUUUUAGUUUUCCACACAAUAAAUUUUUAGUUUUCCACACAAUAAAUUUUUAGUUUUCCACACUAUCAAUUUUUAGUUUUUUCACACAAUCAGUUUUUGGUUUUCCACACUAUCAAUUUUUAGUUUUUUCACACAAUAAAUUUUUAGUUUUCUACACAAUCAAUUUAGUUAUCCACACAAUAUUUUUUUAGUUUUUUCACACAAUCAAUUUUUGGUUUUCCACACAAUCAAUUUUUAGUUUCUUCACACAAUCAAUUUUUGGUUUUCCACACUAUCAAUUUUUAGUUUUUUCACACAAUAAAUUUUUAGUUUUCUACACAAUCAAUUUAGUUAUCCACACAAUAUUUUUUUAGUUUUUUUCACACAAUAAAUUUUUGGUUAUCCACACAAUAUUUUUUUAGUUUUUUCACACAAUCAAUUUUUGGUUUUCCACACAAUCAAUUUUUAGUUUUUUCACACAAUCAAUUUUUGGUUUUCCACACUAUCAAUUUUUAGUUUUUUCACACAAUCAAUUUUUGGUUUUCCACACAAUCAAUUUGUAGCUAUCUUGAUCAUUGGACUCGGUUCUUAUUUCUUCUUUUCUCAUUUGUCAUGUAUUUUGUUGCAAGAGUAAAAAUAACAAAAGACUAAUAAUUAUUAAGAAUCCUGAAAUAGUUCUAAACUAUUUGGAAUAUAUUUCAACCAAAUUAGCUGGGUUGAGCCGUUUGUUUAUUUCAUUAUGACGUCCCCUCUACACCAUCAACCAUAUAGACGAAUACGUCUCCUUUUUUUGGUAUUUAGUUUUGUAUUUUUCGUGCUUCCUUAAUUUAUGACCUUUUUAAUUAAUGGACAAUCCCUAAACAAUAAUGGUUGGCAAUAAUGGUGAUUCUGUCUCUGUCAUCACCGAUGGUGUAUAGGAGGUAUUAUGGAAAUUAAUUAUGAUAGUUCAAAUUAUGUAUCUUUUCAGCCAGAGUUGAUAAUCGUGAAUUUUGUAUGAAGUAUAAUCGAACCAUGAGAGUUGAUCAACGUUGAUCAUGGUUGAUUUCAUGUACCUCAACUACAUACUUACAUGUUUUAGUGUACAUAAUGUAUAUCUAGUAUUUUUUUACAAUGUAAUUAUAAAAAGAUUCUUUCUUUGUGAUUUAUUAUUAUUAUUAUUAUAUAGAAAGAGUCUUUCUAUAUAUUUUAUAAUAUCAAAAUGAAUAUAAGGUGCAUUUUAAAUUAACACGAUGAAAAUGUUCAUGUCAUACAACUAGUUUUAGUUUUAGCUAGUCAAAUAGAAAAUAUAUGCUUUUCCUAAUGUAAACCAUUAUUAGUUAUAUAUGUAAACCUCGCGGCAAUAGUAUAUGUUAUGCAAUUUAUAACUGGAUUUCAUUGUAAAAAGAUUAGGGUUUUCUAAGCAAAUGGGUAUAAUAUAAAGUCGAUUAAUGAUUUUUUAUAUGUAAAUUUUGUUGUUCUAUGUGCAUCUAUGAAUGAGAGCAAGAUGACAUUGUGGACGCUUCGGCUACUGCUAAACCAACGACCAGGCUAAUUCACUAUCUUUGACAUAUACGAAAUAGGUCUACUAUAAAUAUCUAUGUAACAAAUGUCAUCCGGUGCUUACUGUACUGGUGUAUAUCACACAGUAGGUAAAUGACAUUUUGUCAAUUGAUUUGAUGUUUAUUUUAAUAGGUUGAUAACAAAGACCAAAAUAGUGAAUAAGCCAGCUGUUGGAGACGACGAGAGAGGGAGACGUUCUUGUCUAGCCUUGUUAGCCUUUUCAAAAAAAUAUAUACGUUUAAUAUUAUUUAUUAAGUACUUAAUAGACUAUUUCUUGAAUAUAUGAAUUAUUAAAUUACAGGUAAUACCGAAUAGGAGAAAGUUUGAAUCUCGCUUGUCAAUUGUAAUAAAUUUUCACUAUAGUUACGAUGUUCCAUUAUUGUGAGUUAAAGUCAUUAUGAGAUGUUAUUAGAUGAAUGUUAGUCACGUCUAAAAACAUUCCUAAUCCUAAUAUUGAUUGUGCAUAAAGUAUGUAGAGUCGUAAAAGUCGUAAAAGGUGGACAUUUGCUUUGUCAAUGGUAUUCAAAAAAAGGACGAUGUUCUCAAUUCUACGGAAUCUUUGUUUUUUUUUUAUAUGGCGGCGUUAAAAUUUAUUAUUAGAUUAAUCUAAAUGAUAGAUAUUAAUUUCGAAACACAUAUAUAUUUGUAUUGAAAUGCAAAUUGUUCUAAAGGGUUACCUAUUCCUGUUUCGUUUCUUGCCGGCUUUUCUCGACAAAAUCUGCCUUCCGAAGUGGUGGCAGUCUCAAAAAAUAGUCACGUUUCAAAAUUGUAAACUAAGUCUACUUUUAAUCAGUGGUGGAUUUACCAGGAGGCUAAGGUGGCUGGAGCCUAGGGCGGCAGAUUUUAGGGGGUGAUAAAGACCCAAAAAACUUUUCGUCGUUAUCAACCCAUAUACGUCUCACUGCUGAGCUCGAGUCACCUAAGUAAACGCGUGCCACCUCCUGUAAUCGACCGUAACUUAUGAAGUCUACCUUUAAACGAUCAUUUUACAUUUAAAUAAUAAUUAUCAAGUCGGUUAAAUGUUACAAGCAUGGGACCAAGUUUUAUGCUUAUGAAUCUGUUUUAUUCAACAAAUAAAGACAAGGAAAAAGAUAAUACUGACGCUAAAAAAAAGUUUGUACGUUUAAGUACUCAUAAUUAUUGUCUCAAAUAUGCUGUCAAACUUUUAGAAGUAUUUCUAUAAAAGUUUGAUUAUUUAUAUACAAGGUGCUGGGGAGUAAUUUAACUUCUAAGGUGUUGACGAGACCAGUUAUAGGAACCGAACUGCUUAAUUAAUAUUUUAUUUAAAAAAAAGUUUUUAUGUUUUUACACAAAGUAAUUCCGACAAUCCAUGUAAUACACGCCUUUAUCAACUGUGCAUUUUAAAAUACGUAAAACAACACAACAGAUUCCCGGGCGGGAAAAUUUUUCGACAGUGAAGCAAGGGUUGUCACAAAAAAAUGUUUAUUGGGAAAGAUAAAAAAAAUUGCUUGUGAGAAUUUAUCGACGUAAAAUUUUUAAUACUCGAACAUGCAAGAUAACGAAAUAAGUUUGGAUAGCAGCAAAUAAAAUUAAAUUUUACCUCCCUGCGAAAAAGGGGCGACGACGUAUGUAGUUUAAUUAAUGACAUUGAAGUCUGAACUCUGAAGAUCUACCUCUUUGCAUACAAACGUAUCUUCUUACUAUCAUAAAUGGUCGGCAGUUUUUAUCUUUUUCCUGCUUCUCAAUCAAUUUUAGAAUGGUCAUUCGGACAUUCUUAAUUAACAUUAGUGGUUCAUUAGUAUCUAUCUGUACAUUUAGUUAAGAACUCGCUUACGCCAUAUUAAAGUUAUUAUGUUAUAUUGUACGUAAGGUUUAUGAAUUUUUCACUAAAAGUUAAAGGCUUAUAAUAAAUAAAUAAGUUUUAAAUAAA